CCCUCCCGUCCACACGCCUAACAAUAGACCAAGCUCCAUGGCAAUGGCAUGCACGCUCUAAGCUCCAAACAAACAACAAGCAGCCAAAGGACCUUCUUCUUCUUCUUCCUCCAGCCAGCCAUUGGUAGCUAGCUCGGACCCGGAGGAGCCCAAGGAACAAGCAACGAUGGACGUGGACUCGGCGGUGAACCUGUCCUCGCCGGCGGAGGCGACGGUGAAGCCGGUCACCGCGGCCUGCUACGACAACAACCUGGUGAACUCCCAGGGCAUGUUCCUGGGCGACCAGCCGCUCCGCUUCGCGCUCCCGCUCCUCCUGGUCCAGGUCUCCCUGAUCCUGCUCCUCUCCGCCGCCGCCCACCGGCUAGUCCUCCGCCGGCUCGGCCAGUCCCGCUUCGUCACCCACAUGCUCGUCGGCGUCCUCCUCGGCCCCUCCGUGCUCGGCCGCAGCUUCCCCAACCUCCGCGGCUCCCUCUUCUCCGAGCGCGGCACCUACAUCCUGGAAUCCAUCUCCCUCGUCGCCCUCAUCCUCUUCCUCUUCUCCAUGGGGGUCAAGACCGACAUGAGCCUCCUCCGCCGCCCCUCGGCGCGCGCCGUCGCCGUCGGCCUCGCCGGCUCCGUCGUCCCCCUCGCCGUCACCCUCCCCGUCUUCCACGUCCUCCAGCCCUCCCUCCCCGACGACCUCCGCGGGUCAUCCCUCAUCACUGAGCUCGCCGUCCGCCUCUCGUUGUCCUCGUUCCCCGUCGUCGCCGACGCGCUGGCGGAGCUAGAUCUGCUGAACUCCGAUCUCGGCCGGAUCGCGCUCACGGCGUCGCUCAUCACCGACGUGACCUCCUGGUUCCUCCGCGCCUGCUUCGCGGCGGCGUACCUGGCGACCGAGGCGAACUCGUCCCCGGCUUUCACGGCCAAGAUCCUCGCCUCCUUCGCCGCGUUCGUCCUCUUCGUCGCCUUCGUGGCCCGCCCCGCCGGCCGCUACAUCGCCUUCAAGCGCACCCCCGCCGGGGACAUGCUCUCCGAGGGCUCCUUCGUGGUCGUCGUCAUCGCGGCGCUCCUGUCCGCGCUCGUCACCGACGUCAUCGGGUUCAAGUACAUGAUCGGCCCCAUGAUGCUGGGGCUGGCGCUCCCCGGCGGCAUGCCGAUCGGGGCCACCAUGACGGAGCGGCUCGAUUCCUUCUUCAUCGCGCUCUUCCUCCCCGUCUACAUGGCGCUCGCCGGCUACCGGACCGACUUCUCCGAGCUGGGGCUCUUCCACGUCGAAUCCGAGUCUGAGAAAUGGUGUGCGCUCGAGCUGUUCGUCGCAUUGUGCGUGGCGGGGAAGAUGGUCGGCUGCGUCGCCGCCGGGCUCUUCUUCGCCAUGCCGAUCGGGGAAGCCACGGCACUCGCGCUGAUGCUGAACAUCCGGGGGAUCGUGGAGGUGGCGGCGAUCAACAACUGGGGGGACACGAUGAAGGCGACGGCGGAGCACUACUCGACGCUGACGCUGUCCAUGGUGCUCAUCACGGCGGUGGCCACGCCGCUGAUCAAGCUGCUGUACGACCCCACGGGCCGGUUCGCGCGGGCCAAGCGGCGGACCAUGGAGGCGCUCCGGCCCAACGCCGAGCUCCGGGUGCUCUGCUGCCUGUACACGGAGGACCACGCCGCGCCGCUCAUCGACCUCCUAGACGCCUCCGGCGCGUCCAGGGAUUACCCGCUGUCGCUCAUCGUGCUACACCUGACAGAGCUCGUGGGCCGGGCCGCGUCCGUUUUAAAGCCCCAUAAGAAGUCGUCUUCUUCCUCGGCUUCGGCUUCGUCGUCUUCCUCGGACAGGAUCGUGAAUGCGUUCAGGCACCUGGAGCAGCAGGCGGCGGCGGGGGCGGUGUCAGUGAGCCCCUACGUGGCGCAGUCGCCGUUCAGCUCGAUGCACCAGGACGUCUGCUCGCUGGCGCACGGCCGGAAGGCCAACCUCAUCCUGCUGCCGUUCCACAAGUCCUCGGACGGCGCCCGGAGCACGGCCAACAACGCCAUUCGCGCCGCCAACAGGGGCGUGCUCGACCACGCGCCGUGCUCCGUGGCCAUCCUGGUCGACCACGGACUGGCGUCCGGGUCGGCGGCGUGCGCCACCAUGACUGGGGGACGGAGCAGCAGCAUGCUGCAGCGAGUGGCGCUCUACUUCCUCGGCGGGCCAGACGACCGGGAGGCGCUGGCGUACGCCGCCAGGAUGCCGCCCGACGGCAAUGGCGCCGCCGGGGGCGUGUCGCUGACGGUGGUGAGGUUCAAGCUGAGGAACUGGGUGGGCAUGGGGGGCAGAGACGAAGCCAGGGACGAGGAGGCGCUGCAGGAGUUCUGGCAGAGGUAUAGGGAGAACGAGAGGGUGGUGUACGUGGAGAAGACGGUGGAGGACGGCGAGGGCACGGCGUCGGUGGUGAGGUCCAUGAGCGACAAAUUCGACCUUCUGAUCGUCGGACGGCGAGGCGAGGACAGGGACGUUGAGGGCUCCGCGCUCACCAGCGGGCUCUCUGAGUGGAGCGAGUGCCCGGAGCUCGGCGUGCUUGGCGACAUGCUCGCGUCGGCGGAGUUCGCGUCCAAGGUCUCCAUCCUCGUCAUCCAGCAACAGGCCGCCGCCGCCGCCGCCGAUGCCGAUCAACAGGACCAGUAUUAGGCAGAGUUACUGAUUGGACAUUGAUUGCAACAAAUCUGUUGUACUGUUUUUUUCUUUCCCUUGUUUUUUGUUGCAGCUAGAUGUUCAUUUUGUUGCACGAUAGUAGCAAUAGCAACAUGUGUGUUUUCCUAAAAAAAAUAGCAACAUGUUGUUGUGAAACUAACUUUUGUUGUAACCAAAUUCAGAGAUCAAUGUGAUAUGCUGACUGAGUAUCA